AUGUCCAACCUAAAGGACCUGUACAGCCAAUCUGGCGACAGCACUCAGACGAGCAACUUUGGCGUCGACUUUGUCAUUCACUACAAAGUCCCCUCGUCAGAACGCGCUGAAGCUGAAGCCGGCUUCGUCGAACUCAUUCGAGCCCUUACAGCGGUUGGUCUGGCCACCGAAGUCCGCCACGGCGACAACGACUCCCUCCUCGUCUUCGUCAAGGUCGCAUCCCCCGACCUCUUCGCAAAGCAAGUAUACCGCGCCCGUCUCUCCGACUGGCUCCACGGCGUUCGAGUCUCAGCUCCCCACAGCGAUGUCAACCAGGCCCUAGAGGACGAGCCCGUCGUCGAGGCCGAGCGCCUGCGCCUGAUCUACCUCAUGAUCACGAAGCCACGCACCGAAGGCGGCGCUGGAAUCACCCCGUCUAAUGCCAAGUGGAAAUACGUCGAGUCCAUCUUUCCUCUGCAUAGCCAUAACUUCAACAAGGAAUGGAUCAAGAAAUGGAGCACCAAGUAUACUCUGGAGCAAGGCGACAUCGACGAAAUUCGAGACAAGUUCGGAGAGAGCGUCGCUUUCUACUUUGCUUUUCUCCGAUCCUACUUCCGCUUCCUCGUUAUUCCCUCUGGAUUCGGCUUCGUUGCCUGGUUACUGCUCGGCCAAUUUUCUUUCCUCUAUUCCCUGCUCUGCGGUCUCUGGUCUGUUGUCUUUCUCGAAUACUGGAAGAAGCAAGAGGUCGAUCUUGCUGUGCAGUGGGGCGUCCGAGGUGUAUCCAGCAUUCAGCAGGCAAGGCCCGAAUUUGAAUGGGAUCGAGAGGCUGAGGACCCCGUCACUGGCGAAGUUGUCAAAGUGUACGAGCCCAUGAAGCGUGUUAAGACUCAACUACUCCAGAUCCCCUUUGCACUAGCCUGCGUUAUUGCUCUGGGAGCUCUAAUUGUGACCUGCAACUCUCUUGAGGUCUUUAUUAACGAAGUAUACAAUGGCCCUGGAAAGCAGUAUCUUGGCUUCUUGCCGACUAUUCUUCUCGUUCUUGGUACACCUACUAUCUCUAGCCUGCUAAUGAGUGCUGCUGAAAAAUUGAACGCAAUGGAGAACUAUUCCACUGUUGAUGCUCAUGACGCUGCUCUUAUCCAGAAGCAGUUUGUCCUCAACUUCAUGACCUCGUACAUGGCCCUCUUCUUCACCGCAUUCGUCUACAUUCCCUUUGGCCAUGUCCUGGUUCCUUUCCUUGAGUUCUGGCGAAAGACCGCUCAGGUUGUCACAUUCAGUGAGAAACCACUCCCAACACGGGAAUUCCAGAUCAACCCUGCCCGAAUCAGCAACCAGAUGUUCUACUUCACCGUCACAGCCCAGAUCGUCAACUUUGCUACCGAGGUUGUGGUACCCUACCUCAAGCGAGAGGCUUUCCAGAAGGCCAAGCAGCUUAAGUCACAGCCCAAGAUUCAAGACGACCACGAAGAGGAGGCCGCGUUCCUUGAACGUGUCCGCAAGGAGACUACACUCGAGAUGUACGACGUCUCGGGAGACUACCGCGAGAUGGUUAUGCAGUUCGGUUACGUUUCCAUGUUCUCAGUUGCUUGGCCAUUUGCAGCUUGCUGCUUCCUCGUCAACAACUGGGUUGAGUUGAGAUCCGAUGCUCUCAAGAUUGCCACCAGCAGCCGAAGACCGAUCCCAUGGCGAACCGAUUCGAUCGGCCCUUGGUUGACUGCCCUCAGUUUCGUCUCGUGGCUCGGCAGUAUCACCAGCGCCGCUAUUGUUUACUUGUGCAGUGGCGCUCGAGGCCAUGGUUCCCACGGCACACCAUCCCCCUUGACGGCCUGGGGCCUGCUCUUGAGUAUUCUUUUUGCUGAACAUUUCUAUCUCGUCGUUCAGCUAGCAGUCCGAUUUGUUCUCGAUAAGCUGGACAGCCCUGGCGUACAGAAGGAGCGCAAGGAGCGUUUUCUGAUGAAGAGAAAACUCCUCGAGGAGAACAUCGGACAGGGUGCAUCUGAAGAGUCAUCGGUCCCAGGUAUUGAUCACAGUGAGAAGAUUACCCGCCAGGCUCUGGAAGAGGAGGCCCGUCAGACAUCUAUUCGCGGUCAUGGAACACCGGAAGAGACGUUCUGGCAACGCCAGCGUGGUAUGAACGAGACCAUUGAUGUUGGACGAAGGAUGAUUGAGCAGCAGCUUGCGUUCCAGAAAAAUAGCAACAGCAAGUCUGCGGUUCCAAGCAUGAAGGCUGCUUAA